AUGUGGCCUGAAGAUGGUGAGAUAUGGUAUGAUCAUCAAAUAAAACAACAGCGUCAACAAUUUAUUCGGAUAACACCAUCUCAUUCACAUGAUAAUGCAAAACUAAAACAAAUAAUAACAGCUGCUGCUAGUAAACAACAUGUAAUAACAAAAUUAGUAAUAAAUACAAAUAAUCCUCAGCAAAAUCAACUAGGAGUGGAACAUGAGUCGUUGAAACCACCACAAGAAAACCGCAAGCGACAACAGCCUUCAUGGCUCCAACAACCAACACAAAAAACUGUUGAACAAUAG